CCUGCCACUGGUCUUCAGACACUUGCUUCUUUUUCUAACUUCCCCUCCUGAGAAAGGGGAGAGAAAUAUUAGAGAAACAAAAGUCCAGAAUGCUAAGGUUGCCACUCUCACUUCCUCUUGCCCCUAGCCCAGCGCUGCUUUGAAUACAUUAAUUGCUCUGGGGCACCAGACUGAGGGAGAGAAGAGAGCAGUGCCCCUGAGGCUGUCCCGGGGAAGGCAGUUAUAGCUCGUCAUGCUUUCGCAGAGCCGGUUCUGGUUGCAGAAAAUGCCAGGAUGAUGUCUGCCACCCGCCUGGCUGGGACUCUGAUCCCAGCCAUGGCCUUCCUCUCCUGCCUGAGACCUGAGAGCUGGGACCCUUACGUGAAGGUGGCUCCUAACAUCACUUACCAGUGCAUGGAGCUGAAGUUCUACGAAAUCCUUGGUAACAUCUCCACAUCCAUCAAGACACUGGACCUGAGCUUUCACCCCCUGAGGUGUUUAGGCAACCAUAGCUUCUCCAGCUUCCCAGAGCUGCAGGUGCUGGAUUUAUCCAGGUGUGACAUCGAAAUGAUUGCAGAUGAUGCAUAUCAAGGCCUAAACCAUCUCUCCACCUUGAUAUUGACGGGAAACCCUAUACGGAGUUUAGCCGCGGGAGCUUUUUCUGGACUAUCAAGUUUACAGACACUGGUGGCUGUGGAGAUAAACCUGGCAUCUCUGGAGGUCUUGCCCCUUGGACACCUGAAAACCUUGAAGGAGCUUAAUGUGGCUCACAAUCUCAUCCAUUCCUUCAAGUUACCCGAAUAUUUUUCUAACCUGACUAACCUGGAGCGCUUGGACCUUUCUAAUAACAACAUCCAAAAUAUUUCUCACAGAGACGUGCGGGUUCUACGUCAGAUGCCUGCAUUCAAACUCUCUCUAGAUCUGUCCCUCAACCCUUUAGACUUUAUCCAACCAGGUGCCUUUGAAAAAAUCGAGCUCCGUGAACUGACUUUGAGAAGUAAUUUUAAUAGUUCAGAUAUAAUGAAAACUUGUAUUCAGGGUCUGGCUGGCUUAAGAAUCAAUCGGUUGGUUCUGGGAGAAUUUAAAAAUGAAAGGAUCAUACCAAAUUUGGACAAAUCUGCCCUGAAGGGACUGUGCAAUUUGACUACUGAAGAAUUCCGAAUAGCAUACUUUGAUGACUUCCCAGAGAAUGACCUUGGCUUUUUGGAUUGUUUGGCAAAUGUUUCUACAAUUUCUCUGGUGAAUCUCCGUUUGGUCAGGUUAGGAGCUCCUCCUAAAGAUUUCAAGUGGCAAAACUUAAAAUUGACUCAUUGUUACUUGAAAAAUUUUCCCAUACUGGAGCUUGCCUUUCUCAAAGAGUUUGUUUUCACUAACAACAAAGGUAUAUCCCUUUUUACUGAUAUUGAUUUACCACUCCUUGAGUUUCUAGAUCUCAGUAGAAAUGGCUUGAGUUUUAAAAGCUGCUGUCGUCACAAUGAUUUUGGGACAACCAGACUGAAACACUUAGAUCUGAGCUUCAACGACGUUAUUACCAUGAGUACAAACUUUGUGGGCUUAGAGCAACUAGAAUAUCUGGAUUUCCAGAAUUCCCAGUUGAAACAGGCCAGUGCUUUUUCAGUAUUCCUAUCACUCAAAAAACUCCUUUACCUUGAUAUUUCUCAUACUAACACACGAGUUGUCUUCCGGGGCAUCUUUAAAGGCUUGGUCAGCCUCCAAGUCUUGAAAAUGGCUGGCAAUACUUUUGAGGAUGACUUCCUUCCAAAUAUCUUCACAGACUUGACGAACUUGACCUUCCUGGACCUCUCUAACUGUCAACUAGAACAAGUGUCCCAGGAGGCAUUUGGCUCACUCCCUAAACUUCAGUUGCUGAAUAUGAGUCACAACAACCUCUUUUCUUUGGAUAUACUUUCUUAUAAACAUCUCCCUCUCCAGAUUCUGGAUCACAGUUUUAAUCAUAUAGUGGCUGCCAAGAGUCAAGAACUACAGUAUUUACCAAGUAGCCUAGUUUCCUUAAAUCUUACCCAGAAUCAGUUUGCUUGUGUUUGUGAACACAUGGGUUUCCUGCAGUGGGUCCAGGACCACAGAAAUCUCUUGGUGGGAGCUGAGCAAAUGAUGUGUAUGAAACCUUUAGAGAUGCAGGGUAUGUCUGUGCUCAGUUUUAGAAAUGCCACCUGUCAGAUGAGCAAGACUAUCAUUAGCGUGUCAGUUCUCUCUGUACUGGUGGUAUCUGUGGUAGCAGUUCUGAUCUAUAAGUUCUAUUUCCACCUGAUGCUUCUGGUUGGCUGCAAAAAGUAUGGCCGAGGUGAGUGCACCUAUGAUGCCUUUGUUAUCUACUCAAGCCAGGAUGAGGACUGGGUGAGGAAUGAGUUGGUCAAGAACUUGGAGGAGGGAGUGCCCCCUUUUCAGCUCUGCCUUCACUACAGAGACUUUAUUCCUGGUGUAGCCAUCGCUGCCAACAUCAUCCAGGAAGGUUUCCACAAAAGCCGCAAGGUUAUUGUUGUUGUGUCCCAGCAUUUCAUCCAGAGCCGCUGGUGCAUCUUUGAGUAUGAGAUUGCCCAGACCUGGCAGUUUCUGAGCAGUCAUGCUGGCAUCAUCUUCAUUGUCCUGCAGAAGUUGGAGAAGUCCUUGCUCCGGCAGCAGGUGGAGCUGUAUCGCCUUCUCAGUAGGAACACUUACCUGGAGUGGGAGGACAGUGUCCUGGGGCGGCACAUCUUUUGGAGACGACUCAGAAAAGCCUUGCUGGAUGGUAAAUCGUGGAGUCCAGAAGGAACAGAGGAUGCAGAAAGCAGCCAACGUGAAGCAACAACCCCCAUCUGAGGAUCAAAUACUCCUCAAGUGCUUCUUGCCUCAUGGACUCACUACUUGUUCAGCUGCGACAUGGCAGGCACUGCACUCAGGGAAGGUGAUUCAGUGGUACACAAGGUACACAGGCCUGCUGAUCUCAUGGGGUUCACAGUGCAAAGGGAGUAAAUACUGUGCUGAAAUACAGAAUCUCCAUCCAGUUGGAUGUUUUAACCAACUCAGCUAAGGGGUUCAUGAUAGAGACAGUCAACUCAACUGUUACUCCACACAAUUGAAUUAUAACUAAGACACUGGCCCCUGUGACAUCAGAAAAGGACGUAAUUCUUCACCUGAGCCUUUGGAAUGGAAAGCACCUUGUAUUUUACACUGUGUCCAACUUAAAACACAGCAGUAGGGGUACUUUCAACUAAACUGAGCCUUUUCUCACUUUUCCCUUUUCUACUGAAUACAAUUUAAGUUCUACACGAUGAUGAUUCAGAUCCUCCCUCCACUUCAAGUCAGUUUCCUUACAAAGGUUAAAACCUUGCACCAGUUUCCUAAGGAAACCUGAGUAACACAUAUUCACAAAUAUCCUGGUCAUUUUUUAGCGAGUUCUAUUUAUUAACUAAUAGUCCUUGAUAUAUUUGGUUUUUAUAAAUUCAGUUCUCAUUUUACAUGUCUUCCUUAUAAACCUUGAACUAAAUAAGGUUGUCAGCGAUAUGCUGGAAAUAUGCAUUAUUUAACUACUGUCUUUCAAGCAAAUGUGUAAAAUGCACUUUGUCACUUUGUCACUUGAUGUCAUUCUAAAUAUAUUACCUACUAAGGUAUGACAGUCAUAAAGGUGGCAUUAAAAU